AUGAUUGUGUCAUUUCGUCUUCUCGGGAUAGGUGACUCUUCUCGAGUGCUCUCCGCUUCUGUUCGGGAUGCGGAGGCGUGUCGUAGACGACUUCGGCGGGAGUCUCUCUCUCGGCUUUCAGGAGAUGGAAAUGCAUCAAGACAUAACUCAUCUGGUGUUGGUGGCUCUUCUAACCCAUCCUCUCAGACUCCUAUACAAUCUAGUCCAAAUUCGCAAUAUUCAAAUUUUGCCAACCCUCGUGGAUUAGAUGCUAUCGACCUUAAUGAUGAUGAUAUUGAAGAUCAGAGGCAAGAUAGUAUUCAACACUGGCAUUGGAAAGAAGAUGAGAUGCUGAUCAGUGGAUGGUUAAAUGUUUCAACUGACCCUGGGGUAGUUGCAUAUAAGAAACGAUGGUGUAAGAUCAACAAGGCUGUUGCACAAUUUGUUGGUUGCUACGAUCAAGCUAGUCGAAACAUAAGGAGUGGUUCGAACGUUGAUGAUAUAAAGGAGUUGGCUUAUAAACUUUAUUCCACAAAUUAUGGUCAAAAGUUCACUUUUGAGAGGCAUUGGAACAUGCUUCGGUUGGAGCAAAAAUGGAGAAGCCAACUACCUACACAGAGUGGCGGCUCAAAGAGAACCAAAGUUAGUGCAACUGGAGCAUACUCAUCCUCAUCAAACCCAGAAACACCGUUGGCUGACGAAUCCAGUGUGGACUCUCCUGUUCGCCCACAAGGAUCAAAGAAGAGCAAGCAAAAAGGUAAGGAAAAAGCACAGAUGUCUAAAGAUUUUAGCGAAAAAAAAUCAUCGGUUGUCAAAAAAUUAUCUCUCAUAGAAGAUAUUAAGAAUGUUAGAGAAAAGAAACUAAUGAAUAGGGAAAAAGAAAGAGAAGAGGAGAAGGAACAUAGAGCAAAGAUUAUGACAAUCAAAGAGAAGGAGUUACAAAUUCAAGCAGCAAUGAAAGAACAAGAAUUACAAGCUCAAGCAGCAAUGAAAGAAAAAGAAUUACAAACUCAGAAGUAUAUUAAAGAAAUGGAGAUAAAAGCAAAAGAAAGGAAAAUGGAAAGGAUGGCCAAGAAAAGGGAAAGGGAAAUGGAUAUGCAAAUAUAUACUUAA